CUCUCCCCCGGCGGCACCAGCUGCAGCUACCCCAGCGGGGGCAGCAGCGAGGAAGAGGAGGAGGAGGAGGACGAGGAGGAAGAGCAGGAGGUGGACGUGGAGGGGCACAAGCCGCCGGAGGAGGAGGAGGAGGAGCAAGAAGGGGACCAAGGGGUGGAGGCCCUAGGGUGGAGCAGCCGGUACCUCCAGAGCCGGGGGCUGACGGAGAAAGGAGGAGGCAGCCGGGACCGGGCUGCUGCUACCUGCCUCUUCCCCAACAGCUCCUCCAAGCAGCAGCAAGAAGAGAAACUCGGGGACACCAAUGCAGAGCUGCAUCCUCCUCCUCCUGGCCCCCCGAAAGGGGGGAGAAGCAGCAGCGGCAGCAGCCCAGUGCACCAUCCAUCACUGGAGGAGCAGCCCUCCUACAAAGAUACUCAGAAAAGCAAGGAAGGUAACCAAGUAAUUUUGGCUACAGAAGAAGACAGCAACUUUUCAGAUAAGAACAAAGAGCAUAAUUUUUUCAUCACAGACUCAGAACCAUCAGGAGGAGAUUUCUGGCGAGAUAUAGCAGGUGAACACACGCAAGAAACCAAUUCACCUCAUUCACUAAAGAAGGAUGUAGAAAACAUGGGGAAAGAAGAACUUCAGAAGGUUUUGUUUGAGCAAAUAGAUUUACGGAGGAGAUUAGAACAGGAAUUCCAAGUGUUGAAAGGAAACGCUUCUUUCCCAGUAUUCAAUAAUUUUCAAGAUCAAAUGAAACGGGAGCUGGCCUACAGAGAAGAAAUGGUGCAGCAGUUACAAAUUAUCUGCAGUAUAAGUAUUCCUAAAACAAACGUGUACCGGGUCAUCAUCCAAGAUUGCUCUAACAUGAAAUGUAUGGCAGAAUUCAGGUAAAAUGCGAAACAGAAGACAUGUAGUUCUCCCCCGAGGCAUUUAGUCAAAAAUUUAGUUAACACAUUAUUUUUUUAAGGAGUAUCAUUAGCAUUGAAGCAUGUCUUCUGGAAUGGUGAACAAAGCAUGAAAGGGAAUACAAAUGUUUAACCUAUCUGGCACAUAAAUUCCUGACAACAUCAGCUACAAAAGAGCCAUGUGAAUGCCUGUUCUCACUUUCUGGCCUCGGGAGGCAGGCCAAUCCUUGCCUACAGACAAAACCCUAACCCAAAACCAUUUUUUCCAGCAACCACACAUCAGACCUCAAACAUACUUGCCCAGGAAAACUACCCCUGCAAUAAACUCCAUUGCCAACUCUGUCCACACAUCUAUACAAGCAACAGGACCUAAUCACAUAAGCCACCACAUCAGAGGCUCAUACAACUGCUCAUCCUCUAAUGUGAUAUGUCAUCAAGCACCAGCAGUUCCCCUAUGCCAUGUAUAUUGUCCAGACUGGACAGUCUCUACAACAAAGGAUUAAUGGACACAAGUCAGAUAUUUGCAGUGGUAACAUGCACAGAUCUGUUGGGCAGCAUUUUCACCUGCCUGGGCACUCAUUAAUGGAUUUAAAAGUAGCCACUCUAUUGCAAAGUAAUUUCAGGAACCAACUAGAGAGAGACUGCGGAACUGGCCUUCAUAAAUUCAACAUGUUUACCCAGGGAUUGAACAAAGGCAUGAACUGGAUGGGCCGUUAUAUUCAACACCCAAAUGGCAUCUAAAGCUAAGUAUCUGACAUGUACAACCCACUCUAUUAGCCUCAUUUAGCACAGACCCUAUCAUUGACAGGUUUUUUUCC